AUGGACACGGGUGAUUAUCUCCCUACAUGCUUGGAUGCUAUACGCAAUUGCAAUGAUAACGCCACACUGCUGGAUUCUGUGGUUGAAGUUGAGUUUGGCUUACAGACAUCCAUUCCGGAUGGUGGUGAGGACAAAGCAGACUUGGGCGCAGCCGGACAUGACAACGGUUCUAUGCGGUAUGAGCUCCAGACGUCUCUGGAACCACUGAUGGCGUCGGUGCUGACGCCGGCAGUUUUCGCUGUUGUAGAUGAGUGCUUGAACGCCAUGGUGUUUGUGUACGGUGCCACACAAGAGAUGAAGCAGCUGGGCGUGGUGGGCACACCCGAGGAAUGUGGGCUGCUGCCCCAAGGCAUCUGUAUGGUUAUGAACCGCUGUGCAGAGCGACGCAGCCAUGAGUGCAGCAACUCAUCGUGGUCGAUCGAACCGACAUCGCCCGAUUUGAUGUCAGAAUCCACAAGCAGAGCAGGUGUGCCUGGAAGUCAUCGCUUCGUCCGUGCAGAGUCAACUUUCGUUGCCUUUGAUGCAAACAGCGUUGUGGACCUGGUUGAACUGGAUAAUGAUGACGUGGAGCUCGCUGUGCAUCUGGGCGAUCCACAGCAAGUGCAGCAGCGCGCAGAGGGCGGGGAGUUGCAUGAGGGCUUGAAGGGAAUGACCCCAACAGAUGCUCGCGUGAGCAAUGCGCGGGCCAUGCCGGCGGAGCACGCCAGUCAUGCCUUGGAAACGCUUGAUAUCGGUCUUGAGAACUUCACCCGCGCAACAGAGAUGGGCCUGCUGCAGUCUCAGGCGGGGACAUCGCUCCUUUUCUCUCUCACACUUUAUACGGAUGACUUUCACUUUGCCACAUUUCAUUUGCUUUGCCUCGCGGAAGAUGCUUCUGUGCAGAAUUGGGUGGUUACCUCUGCAUUGGCACGCAGUCAAGCUGUGGCGAGCGAGGAGGAGCUCAACUCAUCCAUCAUACAAAAUGUCUCGUUGCCACAACCAUUGCGUCAUAACGCCGCGACAAUGCUGCUGCCACUCCUUUGUUUCGGGAACAUCUACACCUCGGUGCUUGUGUGUGCGUACAACUCUGUUACCGCCGUCCAGCGGCUGACGCGGGACCUCACCUUUGCCCUGGCAGGGAUACGCAUGCUGACGGUGCCACAGGCCACUGCGCUGGCGUCGCGGCACUCCCAACGGCCGUUGUCGUUCGACUGGGAGGGGAGCCACACGCAUGAUGCUAGGCAUCGCUAUGGAGACAAGACAAACAGACAGUCGCCAUGGGAAGAGUCGCGGGACACACACAAGGAGAAUUAUGGUGGGUCACCGGGUAUACACGGCGUUGACCCACAGGACCGGAGCCCACAGACGCCAUUAUCGCGACACGUUAUACGUGUGCCGCUGGGCGACGAAGACCGGUUGUAUUUGGAUGAGAACCUCUAUCGCGCAUGUAGGGGCACUUCGCCGCGCGUAGAGACGGUGUCCAGCAACCCCCCGUACUCCAUCGUCGUGGUUGACACACAAGCUGCAAAGCAUGUGCUGUUGGGUCCCGCCGCGUUGCGGGCGAAAGUAGGAAACGAAGGGCCAACUCCUGCAGGAGCUGCAACAGGUGGUGUUGUGAGCCCAAGUAAGAAAGCAACGGAGAAAUCCAAGAGAGAGAGCCCUAUCACCCCCGACGUCGAUGAUCAUGACGACAAGGGUGGUGAAACAGCGAAAGGUGGCCAUGCGAGUGCUGAAGUUUCUCUUGGCCGCCCAGGCGUGUACGAGGUGGAGGAACUUGUUACUCUUAUUAGGUGUGAAAAGGAAGUGAUAAGAGAUGAAGAUUAUGAUGAUGCCACUGGUAGUGGUAACGGCGGCGGUGGUGGUGGUGAAAAUAGUGGAAACAGUGUUGUGAAGAAGGGUGGAAAGGGAGAGAAGAAGAUGGACGCGGAGCCAAUCAAUGUCCCAGCAGACACGAAAAAGUUUUAUACAGAGGUGAUGCACGGCGAUGAAAAUAAAAGCGCGACUUCGUCGAGCCCCAAAGGUGGUGCGUUUGCGCCUGAAGUCAGUGGGGCGUGUGUCCGCGUGACGCCGGAGGUGGAGGAGCUGGAUUCCCUGGUGGAGGAGUUUUCGCGCUUCUACCACGAAGCUUACGAUGCGAAGAAACGUAUCAAGCAGCUUGAGGGGGAAGUGAUAGGGUUGCGCGAGGCGUUAGACAAGAAAAAGAACAUCGAGGAAGAGUUGCGGCAUGAGCGGGAGAGAACGAAGCUGCUGGGUAGUCAACUGGUCGCUGCGAGGUUUAACAAGAGGAAUGCGCAUCGGUAG